CUGGCUUUUUGUUUGUUCACCCCACUAAAGUAAUCUUCUUUCUUUGUCGUCUAUGUGCGGGUUGGAUUUGCCGGCAGGGAAGAUGGAUCACUGGAAGACCUUGUCAUUUACUGGAGCUGAAACUACCCCAGAUGCAAAGAGUUCUGUGUUCGGGCGUGUUCCUCAGUCUGCUUCACCAUUCUCCGCCGGCAGCACCAUCACUGUGUGUUAUUCCCCGGUGAUGUCGCUCCAGAGGAUUUAUGGCCAAAGUGCUUUCUGUUGUGCUGACAACAUAGAGGACUGCCUCUCGUACCUCAGCAAGGAGCUGAGCAACUUGGGACUGCCAUCGUUGAACACUGACGAUAGUUUUGAGGAGAGUCCUGCUCCAGACUUCAGCCUCGUCGCCCUGAUAAACUGUACGCACUACCUGCUGCAGCUCCAUUGGCGGGAUGUGGCCAGAAUUGAUGAACUGGAAUCGGUUCGGCUUAAGUCCUUCAGUGAUCAGGACUGCUUGAGAAAAAGCCAACUCAACCUACAAGAGCAGAUAGAAACACUUGAGAGGGAGCUUGCUGCCGUACAGGCAAAAGAACAACAAGCCCAGAGGAAUGUCCAUAAUCUUAACAACCUGCUGAAGUGCAGUAAGGAAGAGGUGGCGAAACUGCAGAAUGUCAUUACGAGCCGGACUGCUCAGCAUGUCCAUGACCUGAAGAGGAAGGAACAGGAGCUGACCAAACUGAAGGAGAAGAUGCAUCACCACCUGACAGAUAAAAGGGACAAAAGGAUGGCUAUAGAUAUCCUGAAUCAGAUUGGGCGAUCUGAUGGGAGACGCUCGUUGUGGAGGACGGGGAAGACUGAAUCAAGGAGGGAAGGAGAGAUGUACAAGGUUCUUGCCAGUAACUACGAGGCACAACUCAAGCAGCUGGCACUGGACAAUGCAGAGCUAAAAAAGGCUUUGAGCCACAUGAAGAAAGAGAUGAGUGAUCUUCUGAGAUCCCAGGAGAAGCUCUGCAGACCCAGUUCCCUUCAGUCCCUGCUGGAGGAAGACGUGGGCCUCAAUGAAACGCAGGAUGUGGACCGGAAACAUUUCACUGAUGGCCUUCUGAAGCAGUGGAACUUGUUAAAGGAUCACUUGGAAACACGAGGAAUAGCUGCUGCCCAGAAAUCGCCGGUUGCCGGGGAGGGCGAGCACGUCGUCAGCAUUACUGACCAUGAAAAGGAGAUGGCGAAGCUGAAGCUGGAGCUUGAGGAGAGCAGACAAAUCAUUCAGCAACAGCAGCAGGUUCUCCAGGACCAGCUGGCCAUCAAGAGGGAAGAUCUGGCCCAGGGCCCGGAUUUGCUAGAAGAAAUGGAGUGGUUUAACAAGGAACAGCAGCUGUUUGAGGAGCAGAAGGAGAAUUUUAAGGUGGAGCGGGAAAAGUUCACAGAGGCAGCGAUUCGACUGGGUUACGAGAGAAAAUUGUUCGAGCAGGAAUGUGCACAAUUCAGAAAGGAGCAGUUCCUUAACCUGACCCCAUUUCGGGAGUUCAGGACAAAGCCCAGCCAGAGGUUACGGACUCCCCGUGCAAUGACUAGCCCUGACCAAGGAAAGGUAUCUCUGCUUCCAACCAGACACAGGAUGGGUACGUGGACCAUGCAUUCACGGCAUCCAUUACGUACCCCGAGCCCACCAGCCAAAGAUACAAGCUCCCGGAGGUAUUCCCUGCCAACAGCCCAUGACUUGUACAAAGCUUUGGGGAUGACUCCAGAACAAAGCCUCAGGAAAGCAACUGUUGCGCGACUUAAAAGAUCCUGCAGCGCGAGACUCAGACUGCCUCUCCGGCGAGAUUCAGCAACCCAAACGAGGAAUGAUUUGGUGUGGAUUAGAAGUGCCCUGCUUCUGAAUGAACCUGAUGAUUCCCUGUACGUCGGGGAUUUGCACACACCAGUCUAAUAGUCUCACGACUUGUAUGAGAUUUAAAUCGAGAAGCAGAUGAAAUGAAAUCAUCUGCCACUCAGUGCCUGAUUGUAUUCCUUGCCUUGCUGGUACAAUAUGAUUAAAUUUCUGAUUGUUUUUAGGGUGUGCUAACCUGUAACAGAGUACUUUGAAGCAAAUUAAAUACACUAAUUCAUUGCAAAGUUUAAGAAUGGCAAAACAAGACUGAACUCACUCAUUCCCAGGAUUAUUGUAUUAAAGUUGGAGAUGUGAUGCCCAUCUAUUUGGGCUUUUGAUGUACAAAUAUUUAA